AUGGUUUCAUUCUCUUAUCCUACGUCGUAUCUCUCUUACUGCUUUGGUGGGAAGUCAUUUUUGUGCGUGAUCCCACUAUUUUGGAUUUUAGAUGCUGCAGUAAACAACCACAGGUGUACUUUUACCGGGAAAUAUGGUAUCGUUGAAGGAUUUGAGCUCCCGCAAGUUGAUAAGAUUUUGAAGAGAACAGAUAAGUUGUACGUGUUUCGUGAAAAUGAACCAGAAAUCACGAAGGAAUUGGAACUUCUAGAUUUGAGGAUGUGGAUUGAGCACGGUGCAACAAAAUUUUACAUAUAUCACGACAGCUUUACUGAGGAAGUUAACGGAAUCUUCAAAAUUUAUGAAAAUGAUCCAAAUAUUAGUAUUGCACGCAUACCUUGGGGAAAACUUCCUGCUACAAAUAGCACUUCUGAUACAGAAAAUCUCAAUAACCUUCUAUAUUCAGGCGGGCAAGUUUUGGGAUAUAACGACUGUAUCAUUCGGUCUAGACGGGAAACUGAAUAUUUGGCUUUGGUGGAUUACGACGAAGUAUUUGUGGUGUUUAAAGACCAAUCACUGCUAUCACUUAUUGACAGUGAAUUAAAAAUGAACAAAGAUUUUGGUGCUUUUGCAUUCAAGAGUUCGAUGAUAACAUUGAAGAAUAUGGAUUCAAAUGUCACACAUCCCACAAAUAUCCAGUUCAAUGAUUACAACAAUGUCACAGUGGAACCACUUGGAUUGGGAAAAGUACAGCACUUUUAA